UUAAAGAUUAAUCACAAUUGCCAUUCCAUUUUAUAUUUUGCAGUUUCUCAAAGAAGUUUAAUUGAAAAUCCUUUGCAUACCGACCACCUUUCCGGAAUUCCUUUACAUCAUCUGACAUUUAUCAUAAAACAUUUAAUACCUCACUGUAUGUCAUGGUCACAUUUCUUUGGUGACGGGCGUCUUUUCCGCAGUGGAGAGCACCUUUACCAUUAUAUCGGAAGCGCUGCGGAUGGAAACUCUUUCAUGUUGCAGGACAUCACACAUACACAAAAAAUACAUAGGCUGUUAUUAGACAGGAAAAAACGGAAAAUUGUAGUCCUGCAGGCAGAUAAGACGGCUUUUUGUUUCAAGCCAAAAAAUGAUAGCCUAUUCCCUACACCAGUAUUUGCGGAUUCUACGGAUACACAUCCUGGAUAUUGUAGAAUAAGACUUUCUCCGACACAGUCGAACAAUUGUAGAAACGAUAAUAUUUUUCUGUCGGAAUCUAAUAUUUAUCUAAAAGCACAAAACAUACCUGCAGACAUACUUUCACAAAUAGGUAUGACAAAAUGUCACACAGAAUACUUCGGACUUUUCUGUCCAGUAUUCCCUAGAUUUACUCGAUGUUGGUGUGACAGAACGAGAAAGUUUGACUUUCCGUCUAAGAAGCUCGUUGACUCCAUUAUAACUAGCGGAUGUACAAUAAUCCCCAAACCACACCGAAAGAGUUCAAAACCAGAUGUGGAAUGGAAAUUCAAUUUUUCUUUGGCUGAAUGUUUGUUGUUUUCAAGUCUAACAGAAUCUCAACAAAACGGAUUUUUCGUUUUCAAAGUUUUGAUUGACAACAUGCUAUUUCACCUCCACAAGCCUUUGAAGACAAAACAUUUGAAGGCAAUUUUCCUGAAUUCUUGUGAAGAAAUGCCGAUGGAUGCUUGGGAAACUAAUUUCAGUGGGUGUGUCCUUUACACAUUAGGAUCACUAUUGUUUUGUUUAAGGGCAAGAUUCUUGCCUCAUUACUUUAAUCCAGAUAACAACCUCAUCGACACUUUCACAGAAAAGGAUAUUGACGCAAUCUAUGUUCAUAUUGAGUCUAUUCGUUUAUUUCCAACUACUUGUGCUAUGUUUGUCGCCGAAAAACAUGGCUAUGGAUACGGAGAAAAUUUGGUGAGACAUGUCCUGUCUGAUCUAGCAUAUUUCACUCAAGCAAGAGACUUGUAUAUGGUUUACAAUAACACUUUUGUCCCAUUAUCACUUGCUACAACAAAGUUUUUAUCUAGAAAAGGUCACUACGAUGCUGCUUUUAAACUGAUAAAGGAUAUCUUUGAGCAAGGGAUUUUGACACCACAGACAGAAAUGAGGCAAACAUCAAUUAGCUACCAAGAGUUUUUCGUUUGUGCAUCAUUAAAAUUGCGUCAAAAAUCUUCCCGCACAAUUCUUGCAAACAUGUACGAGAAAACAUUUGGAACAGAACCUUUGAACAUGUUCUGCAAAGAAACUGAUUUUUCGUUACAAAAGUUUCUACCUUGGAAAAUAGACCAUCAGCUUACCUGGAUUGAAAUUCCUAGCGAAAAAGUAACAGAUCUCACAACAAUUGCAAAUGUUCUAUAUGAACACAGUCUGAAAGAGUAUAAUAAAGGAAAUAAAAUACUAGCAGAGCUUACAGUUACUGCCGCAAUACGAUGUAUUCGGGAUACUCUGCGUAAAGAUUCUAUAGACAUCAGUCACAUUGAAGACCCGGAAUUAAAAGAGGAAGUUGUUGCACAAAAACGUAGCCUUAAAGCCAGACUGAAACCAUAUUACACACUUGUAUUUGAUAUAUCAAAAAUAGAUUUCGUAGUUUAUCCUUUGAGUGAUCAUAUAUCGGACAUAGAAGAGCUUUAUGAAGAAUUUCCAGAAAUGUCGGGAACUUUAAGUGCAAUGUUCACAUACUUGGGACAGAAGCAAAAAAGUAGAAUAUAUGCUUCAAAGUGCACCUCGUAUCUUUAUGGGAAGUUUUAAUACUUUUAUCAGAUCAAAGAAUACACAAAAGUUCUUACUUGAUUUAUACCAUGUUUCAAUGUUUUAACUGCCUUGGUGAUACAAAAAGGGAAUUAUGCCGUGUAGAUGAUGACAGACCAUAACGGAAAAAGGCUAACUGCUGGCAAGAACUCUAAGGGAAAAAAUACCCGGCUACUACCCAGACGAAAGGCUUUAAUUCUCAAUAAAUUCGGUUCCUGGCAAUACCAAAACAUAAAGUAUUAUGAAUAUAAUAACGACGUGAUCAAAAUGAAGGCAUUUACGAAGACUGAGGCAUAAAAAAAACUUUUACAAGGAUUAACUGAUACGAAUCUGAGAAGGGUUCCAGUGCCAAUUGAUACACAACUUUUUAGAUAUAUCACACUGUAUAUGUGACUGUACAGACCACUUAUCAUGUUAUUAUAUUCAUGGCUCAUUCAUGUAUUGUAAAGGCAGUAAUGUAAUGUAAUGCUCAGUGCUAAUAAAAGUAUCUAU